AUGUUGGGGGAGUUUAUGGGGACGUUCUCAUUUUUAUUUUUUGCGUUGACAGCCGUCCAAACCGCGAACGCAAAACCGGAUACCUUACCACGGAUAGAUUUUCUUUUCAACUCGCCGAGUUUGCUGCAGAUAGUAUAUAUCAGUGCUGCAUUCGGAGGCAGUCUGGCAGUCAAUGUUUGGAUAUUUUUCAGAGUCAGCGGAGGACAAUUCAAUCCAGCUGUCACUUUUGGAUUAUGCCUCGUUGGAGCCGUUCCUUGGCAAAGAGGUGCAUUGUUGGUCCCUACUCAGCUUCUUGGUGCAACGGCAGCAUCGUUGCUAGUCUCUGAUCUGUUUCCGGGAGAAUUCAAUACUCAGUCCAAUUUGGCUUCCGGCGUGUCCGUCAACCAAGGAUUCGUGAUUGAGAUGAUGAUGACCCUUUUAUUAGUCUUCACGAUCAUGAUGCUAGCGGUGGAGAACCAUCGUGGAUCAUUUCUCGCUCCACUCGGUAUCGGCAUCGCUUUAUUUAUGGGACACAUGAUUGGGAUAAACUUCACCGGUGCUGCCAUCAACCCUGCUCGGAGUUUCGGUCCAGAUGUUAUAUUGGGGGAUUUUAAGGGAAAUCACUGGAUAUAUUAUAUCGGGCCACUUAUGGGAGGUCUCUUGGCAGCAGUAUUCUACAAGCUCUUGAAAUUCCUGGAAUUCUCGACUGCGAACCCAGGACAAGAUGAUGACGGGCUGGAUAUCUAUCGCAUUGUGACGAGCAGACCUCCUGCCCUUCGCCGACGGAACAGCAAUGAAAGUGUCACAUCUCUCACACCACUGGCAUACCACUGA